UUUGGGUCGGACCGGACCACUGGGGUUCUGCGCUGGUUCCGCCCGGAGGACCGGUUCUGGCCGCUGCUUGUUGUUGGACCAGGUCCGUUUUCACCAAGUUCGGUUCGGACGGAACUUGUCGUGGAGGGAUUUCCUCUGAGCGGGACUUCCAGCAGGAAUCAGCCGCCAGGUCCUUGGCUCCGAACCGAACCGAGCCGAGCCAGAACAUGCCAGUCAGGAAGAGAGAUGCGCAGCGGGCCCUGCUCCUGCUGGAGGAGUACCGCAACAAGCUGAACCACACCGAGGACCGGCAGCUCCGCUACUCCGUCCAGAGAGUCAUCGACAUCUUCCAGAGCAACCUCUUCCAGGCUCUCAUAGAUAUCCAGGAAUUUUACGAAGUGACCUUAUUGGACAGUCAGAGAUGGGCGGAGUCUUCCAAGGGGGCGGAGCCCGUGUCGCCCGUCAACCUGUGGGACUUCCCAAGCCUUCAAAGCACAACAGUGACCUCGGAGACUCUGCCCAGCCUUAGUACCAGCAUCGAGGACUCCCCCCUCCUAAAUGAAAUCCUGCACACUUUGGCCCACGCCAAGUCCUCCCCCUGCCAGGACCAACAUAAGUACCGGCACAACGAUGAGGACUCGUCCCCCCAGGAGCACAGCUCCCCCCAGCUCACGGAGGAGGCGCUGGGCCCGGAGCUGGUCCAGGUAGCAGAGAAGAACCUGUCCCAGGUCGAAAACGUGCACGGAUAUGUCACGCACGCACACAUCUCACCGAUGAAGGUAGCAUCUCUGGAGUGCAUCUUCGACGGUUCUUCGUUAAGACGCCUCCCCUCGGAGCUCCCCUCCCCCACGCCCUCAACUCUCUACCCCCACGGGGAGGACAGCCCCCUCCCCUCCUGUUCCUCCAACCCCCCCCCCCCACCCGGGCAGGCUGAGACCCCGCCCUCCUCUCCCAUAAUCCCUGUGAUCCCCAUCACGCCAAUCCCAGCUGAGACCGCCGUCAUCCCUCCAUCAUCACAGGCCAAUCCUCCGCCUGUGGUGGUCAACACGGACAGCCUGGACACGCCUCCAUACGUGAACGGGACGGAGGCGGACUACGAGUACGAGGAGAUCACGCUGGAGAGGGGGAACUCGGGUCUGGGCUUCAGCAUCGCCGGCGGGACGGACAACCCCCACAUCGGUGAAGACCCCAGCAUCUUCAUCACCAAAGUCAUACCUGGAGGAGCUGCUGCCCAGGACGGACGGCUCAGGGUCAAUGACGUCAUCCUGAGAGUGAACGAGGCGGAUGUCCGGGACGUGACCCACAGCCAGGCCGUGGAGGCGCUGAAGGAGGCGGGCUCUCUGGUCCGGCUCUACGUCCGCAGGAGGAAGCCCGUCUCGGAGAAGGUGAUGGAAAUCAAGCUGGUGAAAGGACCCAAAGGUCUGGGCUUCAGUAUCGCAGGCGGAGUCGGGAACCAGCACAUCCCGGGCGACAACAGCAUCUACGUGACGAAGAUCAUCGAAGGCGGAGCUGCUCAGAAGGACGGGAAGCUGCAGAUCGGAGACAAACUCCUGGCUGUGAACAGCGUGUGUCUGGAGGAGGUGACCCACGAGCACGCCGUCACUGCCUUGAAGAACACUCCUGACGUGGUCUACCUGAAGGUGGCCAAGCCCAACAGCGUCUUGGUGAACGAGAGCUUCGCCCCGCCGGACCUGACCAGCUCAUACAUGGAGAACCAUAUCAGCUCCUCUAACUUCCUGGGUCAGACCCUCCCCGCCCCCACCUCAUCGGGACGUUACUCACCGACGCCGAAGAGCAUGCUGGGAGACGACGACGUCACACGGGAGCCCAGGAAGGUGGUUCUGCUUCGAGGAGCGACGGGUCUGGGCUUCAACAUCGUGGGUGGAGAGGACGGAGAGGGGAUCUUCAUCUCCUUCAUCCUCGCAGGAGGUCCAGCUGAUCUGAGCGGGGAGCUGAGGAAAGGAGACCGGCUAGUCUCUGUGAACGGGGUUGACCUCCGUAACGCCACGCACGAGCAGGCCGCCGCCACCCUGAAGAACGCUGGGCAGACGGUGACCAUCGUCGCCCACUACAGGCCGGAAGACUACAGCCGCUUCGAGGCAAAGAUCCACGACCUGCGGGAGCAGAUGAUGAACAGCAGCAUUAGUUCUGGCUCCGGGUCUCUGAGGAUGAGUCAGAAGAGGUCGCUCUAUGUCAGAGCGCUGUUCGACUACGAUAAGACGAGGGACUCGGGUCUGCCCAGUCAGGGUCUGAACUUCAAGUUCGGGGACAUCCUCCACGUGGUGAACGCCUCUGACGACGAGUGGUGGCAGGCCCGGCAGCUGACGCCGCAGGGCGAGCUGGAGGAGGUGGGGGUCAUCCCCAGCAAGAGGCGGGUGGAGAAGAAGGAGCGAGCCCGUUUAAAGACCGUCAAGUUCAACGCCAAGUCCCGAGAGCGAGGGUCCGUCAAUGACAAGCGUAAAAAGAACCUCUUUACCCGAAAGUUUCCGUUCUACAAGAGCAAAGAGCCGAGCGAGCAGGAGACCAGCGACCUGGACCAACACGUGACGUCUAACGCCAGCGAUAGCGAGAGUAGCUACCGCGGGCAGGAGGAGUACGUUCUGUCGUAUGAACCCGUUGUUCAGCAGGAAGUGAGCUACGCCCGGCCCGUCAUCAUCCUCGGCCCGAUGAAGGACCGGAUCAACGACGACCUGAUCUCAGAGUUCCCAGAUAAAUUCGGCUCCUGCGUCCCACACACGACCCGACCGAAGCGGGACUAUGAGGUGGACGGCAGGGACUAUCACUUCGUGGUGUCCAGGGAGCAGAUGGAGAAGGACAUCCAGGAACACAAGUUCAUCGAGGCGGGCCAGUACAACAACCACCUGUACGGAACCAGCGUGCAGUCGGUCCGCCAGGUGGCCGAGAAGGGGAAGCACUGCAUCCUGGAUGUUUCAGGAAACGCCAUCAAGCGGCUGCAGCUGGCUCAGCUUCAUCCUGUCGCCAUCUUCAUCAAACCCAAAUCUGUGGAGAACAUCAUGGAGAUGAACAAACGUCUGACGGAGGAGCAGGGCCGCAAAACCUUCGACAGAGCUGCCAAGCUGGAGCAGGAGUUCACCGAACACUUCACAGCCGUCGUGCAGGGCGACACCCUGGAGGAGAUCUACGAUCAGGCGAAGCAGAUCAUCGAGGAGCAGUCGGGUCCGUUCAUCUGGGUUCUGUCCAAGGAGAAGUUAUGAGACGCUCCUCAUCUUCAUCACUCUUCCUCUUCACGUUCACUUUGUUUUAUUUUGAAAAGAGGCGGCCUCUUCCCUCCACCCCCCAACGAUCAGCAGACAUGUUGUAGAUUUACCUGACUGGACGCCAUCUUUGGUUUCUUGUGUUAAGCACACAGGAAGUGACAUCACACUCGGUACGGCUCCUUAAUGUUUAAGGGAGGAGAACUUUGCAGGAGAAGAGGAGUUCAGGAGACGUACGAAGCAGAUUUUUAUUUUUAUUAUUUUUGUGGGGUUUUCCCUUUUAGUCUUGUAACCAGGUGGGCAGAGCCUCAGUCUGAGGCAGAGGUAAGGUAACCAGGUGGGCGGAGCCUCAGUGUCUGGAUCAGAGGAGAACGAGACACAAAAAGCAAAACUUUGCACGUUUGAGCUUUAACAGCAUGUCAGUGAACCCUGUUAAUUUCCCAUCAGCCCUUUCACCUCAACGUCUCGGCUUUUUUUUUUUUUACGUCAUAGAAACUUGUUUUUGUUGCUCCUCGCCGCUGCAGGGCGUCGGUCAGGACGCUGCAGGCUCGCUGCUCCGCUGCCGGGGGGCGCCGUGGAGCUCGACGCCCACGUGUGACAUUUCAAACUUAACGACAACAAAGAUCAAACUCGGGGUCAAAAAUCAGUUCAGUGCCAAAAACAUUUAGAAGGACAAGAAAAGACUUUUACAAGAUAAACAGUUUAUUACAGCAACGUUUACAUUGUUACACAGAUCACUAUUUUAACUACGAAUAAUUCACAUUAAUUCUAUUGUUAGUUUUAGAUUUCACCAGAUUGUGCCAAAAGAAUUAAAAAUAUAUUCAUGUUUACACCUUAUUUCAUUAUUGUGCAAAAAAACUGCUGAAGAAACGUCAUUUAAAUAAAACUUUAUUAAAUUAAAUGUAUAUUUAAACUUUUUCCAAAGUUGAGCAAAAGUUUUUUUAACCUAUUUAAGAAAAUUUAGUUACCGUA